AUGAAGAUCCCCGUGGUGUUUUGCAUUGCUGUGCUCCUGGUUACGUUGAUACCCAGAGAUGACUGUUGGCCUUUACUGAAGCCUGCAUCAACUAACAACCGCCCUGGUCCGCAAUCGGAGCUCCAGCAUUUCGUUCCACUGGUUGGGAAUCGCCUCCUGGAGGAAUACCUUAAAGCACUGACCGAGGCGAACAAUAAGCCAACUUAUCCUGCUCCAAAUCUACAUGAGGUGGUUGCCCCCGACGGCGCUUUCCAAGUGCCACGCAUCCAGUUCCAGCGCACCCUACAUGGUAAAGUUGGAGACUUGAAUAGCGCUUAUGACAAAUACCAACAUUUACUGGAUGCGUUGUUAGAAAGAGGAAAAAGGCGCGAGACGCCCCUCCUUUCCCUUAAUGUACCUCUGCAUGUUCUAAAUAAACUGAUCGGGAUAGCUAAAGUGGAGCAAAUGGCCAGGCAAGCGGAGAAAAACAGGAAAAUAAUGGAUGCAGUCGGGAAAUAG